GGAUCAUCUUAAGAGGAAUCCUUGAAACUGUGGGAGGGUUUCGUUCCAUUGUUUUGCCUGGUUUUAGAUCUGCAGAAGAAAGGCAUGCAGCAUCUUGAAAUCCCAACAGCCUGGCUACUUCCCUAAGAUUUGCAUGAAAUUCAGCUGCAGCCUUCAAAGGGAUUUGAGUGGAUUGGAUUCUUUAAGGCUUCUCUGCAGAAUGUCAAGCAAAGAUCGACACAUUGAUUCUAGCUGUUCGUCGUACAUCAAGACGGAGCCGUCGAGCCCUGCCUCUCUGACGGACAGCAUCAACCAUCACAGCCCCGGUGGCUCCUCAGACGCCAGCGGGAGCUACAGUUCCACCAUGAAUGGACAUCAGAAUGGUCUGGACUCACCUCCCCUCUACCCUUCAGCCACGGGGCUUGGGGGCAACGGGCCCGUCAGGAAACGGUACGAUGACUGCUCCAGUACCAUCGCUGAAGAUUCACAGACCAAAUGUGAAUAUAUGCUGAACUCGAUGCCCAAAAGACUGUGUUUGGUGUGUGGUGACAUUGCAUCAGGGUACCACUAUGGAGUGGCUUCCUGCGAGGCCUGCAAGGCUUUCUUCAAGAGGACAAUUCAAGGUAACAUAGAAUACAGCUGCCCAGCAACAAACGAAUGUGAAAUCACAAAGCGCAGACGCAAAUCCUGCCAAGCCUGCCGCUUCAUGAAGUGUCUAAAAGUUGGCAUGCUGAAAGAAGGUGUCCGCCUAGAUAGAGUACGUGGAGGUCGCCAGAAGUACAAGCGCAGAAUAGAUGCAGAGAAUAGCCCAUACCUGAACCCUCAGCUAGUUCAGCCAGCAAAAAAGCCAUAUAACAAGAUUGUCUCCCAUUUGCUGGUGGCUGAACCAGAGAAGAUCUAUGCGAUGCCUGACCCCACUGUUCCAGACAGUGACAUCAAAGCACUUACCACUCUUUGUGACCUGGCAGACAGAGAACUGGUGGUGAUCAUUGGAUGGGCUAAGCAUAUUCCAGGAUUCUCUACUUUGUCUCUAGCUGACCAGAUGAGCCUUCUGCAGAGUGCUUGGAUGGAGAUUUUGAUUCUCGGUGUUGUAUACCGGUCACUUUCUUUUGAGGAUGAGCUUGUUUAUGCUGAAGACUAUAUUAUGGAUGAAGACCAGUCCAAAUUGGCAGGCCUUCUUGACCUUAACAAUGCCAUACUGCAACUGGUAAAGAAAUACAAGAGCAUGAAGCUGGAGAAAGAAGAGUUUGUCACCCUCAAAGCUAUAGCACUUGCUAAUUCAGACUCAAUGCACAUAGAGGACGUUGAGGCAGUGCAGAAACUUCAGGACGUCUUACACGAGGCUCUGCAGGAUUACGAGGCCGGACAGCACAUGGAAGACCCGCGUCGUGCCGGCAAGAUGCUGAUGACUCUCCCACUUCUGAGGCAAACCUCCACCAAGGCUGUGCAGCAUUUCUACAACAUCAAACUGGAAGGCAAAGUUCCCAUGCACAAACUUUUUUUGGAAAUGCUGGAGGCCAAGGUCUGACUAAAGCAUCAUGGGCUUUCCCAUCAUGCACGUUUUAAAAGAAAAAAAAAAAAAGGGAAAUAAACAGGAUAAUAAUGGCAAAGAAACUUAGUGUUUAAUUAAGGAAAAAAAAUGACUGCACUGAUAUUUAGCAGCAAGACUGUGAAGCAGCUUUCAACUUUUUCUUCUGUGUCUUUCUGAUGCAGUUUUUCCUUUCCUUUUCCUUUUCUCUCUUUUCCUUUCUGUUCUUUCCUUUUCUUUUUCCUUUUCUCUUUUUCCUUUGCUGCUGAACUUUUUAAAAGAGGUCUCUAAUUGAAGAGAGAUGGAAGCCAGGCCUGCCAAAGGAUGGAAAUCCAUAAUAUGGAUGCCAGUGAACUUAUUAUGAACCAUAAUGUCCCCAAUGACAAAGGAAUCAAAGAGAGAACCACCGUACCUAGCAGUACAGUACAACACGAUGAACUGACUGAAUGCAGUAUUAGAUUUCAUAGGAGCAGUCUCUAAUUAGACGACUAAGCGACGAUGCAUCGGCUGCUUCUUAUCAUUGCAUUUUCCAUCUAGAUCAGUUACAGCCAUUUGAUUCCUUAAUUGUUUUUUCGAGUCUUCCAGAUAUUUCUUAGGUUAGCUACAAUGUAACUUUUUCAGGGAAUAGUUUAAGCUUUAUUCAUUCAUGCAAUACUAAAGAGAAAGAAAUACUGCAUUUUUGUGCUGGCUUGAACAAUGAUGAACAAUAAUGAAGGACAAAUGAAUCCUGAAGGAAGAUUUUUUUAAAUGUUUUGUUUCUUCUUACUAACGGAGAUUUUUUUGUACCAGCUUUACCAGUUUUCAGCCAUUUAUUAAUGUGGGAAUUUAUCUUACUAAAGCAAUAGUUGAAGGGAAGGUGCAUAUUAUCACGGAUGCAAUUUAUGUUGUGUGCCAGUCUGGUCCAAAACAUCCAGUUUCUUAACAUGAGCUCCAGUUUAUAACUAAAUGUUCACUGACUCAAAGGAUUAGAUUACACCUACAGUAUAUCUGAGUAGUCUAGCAUAUAAAUACGCCAUGUCAAAUACCAAUCUAUAAAGGUGUUAGGAGACAGCGACUGUACAGAGGUAUAGUUGCUAUGUGAUUUCUAACUGCUUCAGUUGUCGAUGAAUGAGAUACUGCCUGUUUGCAAAAUUAUAACCUUACACACAGAGAAACCCUCAGUAGCUUAGAGGCAAUAAGGCAAACGCCAACGUCUGCGAAAUUAAGAAAUCAGAGUAGUAGACUUCUGACCAAAUUCAACGAUUUAACACUUCUAUACCUUAUUUAUUAAUUUAGAUUUUAUUUUGUAAAUUGCAAUUGUUAACAAGUAGCUAAACCAGUAUACGUGCUUUUCAACCAGUAUUGUCACAGCAUGGAAGUCAGUCAGUUUCAAGACUGUUAAGAGGUGUAAUCUAAUGUAUAAACCGAUUAGAUGCCCCCAGAAAACUACAGUCGCUAAAUAACCAAUAAACAGUAACCUCCAUCAAACGCUAUACCAAUGUACCAGUGUUAGUAGCUGCUCCCUGUACUAUGUGAACAUCCUUAUUCUAUGUACACAGAUGUAAUUAAAAUUGUAAUCCUAACAAACAAAAGAAAUGUAGUUCAGCUUUUCAAUGUUUCAUGUUUGCUGUGCUUUUCUGAAUUUUUAUGUUGCAUUCAAAGACUGUUGUCUUGUUCUUCUUGUGGUGUUUGGAUUCUUGUGGUGUGUGCUUAUAGACACAGGGUAGAAUUAGAGACAAUAUUGGAUGUACAAUUCCUCAGGAGAUUACAGUAGUAUAUUCUAUUCCUUACCGGUAAUAAGGUUCUUCCUAGUAAUAAUUAAGAGAUCGAAACUCCAAACAAAUACUCGUUAUGAACAGAUACACAUCGAAAUCAUAAUAUUUUCAAAACAAGGGAUAAUUUCUGUAACAGUUUAUUAUAGAAUACCAAUGUAUAGCUUAGAAAUAAAACUUUGAAUAUUUCAAGAUUAUAGAUAAGUCUAAUUUUUAAACGCUGUAAAUAUAGCUUUUAUCCAAUCAUCUCUCAGAUGUUGUUAUUAACUCGCUCUGUGUUGUUGCAAAACUUUUUUGGUGCGGACAAGUUUCCAAAACUAUUGCUACGUUGUGUGCUUUAAACAAAAUAACAAUGGGCCGAUGCGACAUCGGCCUCGUGCUAGAAAAGACUGUGUAUCUAUCAUUAGCUAUAUGGGACUAUAUUGUAGGUUGUGUUUUCUCAGUAGAGAAGUGACUGUAGUGUGAUUCUAGGUAAAUCAUCAUAAGCAAUUCAUUCAGAUGGUCAAUAACUUGAAAUUUAUAGCUGUGAUAGGAGUUCAGAAAUUGGCACAUCCCUUUUUAAAAAAAGUCAGAAAAAAUACAACUCCUGGGAAAAAGGUGCUGAUUCUAUAAGAUUAUUUAUAUAUGUAAGAGUGCAAAAAAAAAAGUUUAUUUUCCAGAAAGUUUGUGCAGGGUUUAAGUUGCUACUGUUCAAGUACACUAUAUAUAUAUAAAUAUAUAAUAUAAAUAUUGUUUUUGCUGUAUCACAUUAAAGAACUUGGGCUUCAGGGUCAAAAGCCAGUCGACUAGAAAUAUACAAAAACACACACAAAAGAAAAUGGAGAUGUGUUAAAGGCACACGGUGCAAAUUUUAGUUUUUGUUUUCAGUAAUUUUUGGAGCUGCAAAAGAACAAGUAUCUCAAGACUGUAAAAGCAUUACCUGAACUAGAGCUAAAAGAACUGCACGGGCUUUACCAUAUUGUUCAUCUUAAACCUUGCUGGAGAAGAGUUCUUACAAGACCACUUACUUAAUGUGAAGUGUUGGGAAAUUUUCGAAGGGUGUAUGUUUUAGCCAUAACAAUUUAAUUUCUAUUUUUGCUUCAUUUUUUAAUUUUUUCUUAUUUAAAGCAAUAUGAUUGUGUGACUCCCAGAAGUUACACAUUUGUUUCAAUCAGAUCAGAUUGUUGUAUUUAUUCCACUAUUUUGCAUUUAAAUGAUAACAUAAAAAGAUAUAAAAAAUUAAAACUGCUAUUUUUCUUAUAGAAGAGAAAAUGGGUGUUGGUGAUUGUAUUUUAAUUAUUUAAGCGUCUCUGUUUACCUGCCUAGGAAAACAUUUUAUGGCAGUCUUAUCGUGCAAAGAUCGCAAAAGGACAAAAAAAAAAUUAAACUGCUUAUAAUAAUCCAGGAGUUGCAUAAUAGCCAGUAGUUAAAAAGCGAAACAGAACAAAAAAUAAAAACAAACAUGUCUAUAGCUGUAGAUGGGCUUCACAUCUGUAUAGCAAUCAACUGUAUAUUUUUGUGAUGUGUAUCAUACCGUGUGCUCCAACCAAUGUCCAUUUGUGUAAAUGUAUUUAUUUUAUAUUGUAUAUAUUGUUAAAUGCAAAAAGGAGAUAUGAUUCUGUAACUCCAAUCAGUUCAGAUGUGUAACUCAAAUUAUUAUGCCUUUCAGGAUGAUGGUAGAGCAAUAUUAAACAAGCUUCCACUUUU